UUCUAUUUAGACAUCUAGUUCCACUAAAGUACGACAUCCUUGGUAUUAAUCAACCUUAAAAAAACAAGAAGAAGAAAAAAGAAAUGGAAGAGGAAAGCGAAGUUACACUACAUGGAAUGUGGAUUAGCACUUACGCAAAGAAAGUGGAGCUGGCUCUAAAAAUCAAAGGCCUAGCAUUUGAGUAUGUGGAAGAAGACUUGAGCAACAAAAGUUCUUUGCUUCUCAAAUAUAAUCCCGUGUAUAAGAAGGUUCCAGUAUUGCUUCACCAUGGAAGACCUGUUUCUGAGUCCCUUGUUAUUCUUGAAUACAUCGAUGAAACCUGGAAGAACGAACCUCGAUUCUUACCAGAUGAUCCAUAUGAAAGAGCCACAGUUCGUUUCUGGGCUACUUACUGCCUUCAGAUAUCAGACACCAUGAAGAAAGCAUUUAUUUCAGCCAAAGAGAUGGAGGAAGGAGCAUUUGAUCCCUUCUUUGAGAAACUAAAAGUGAUUGAAGAAGGAAUGAAAGAUUUCUUCCCAGGGGGAAGGUCUAUUAUCGGUGCUGACAAUUUGGGGCUUUUAGAUAUAAUAAUUGUGUGUUCACUUGGUACAUAUAAGGCAUUAGAAGAAGUACUUGGGAUGAAGAUUGUGGAUCCUCAUAGGAAUCCAUUUGUAUGUUCAUGGGUGACCACUUUGCUUGAGCUGCCUCUGGUGAAAGAGACUAUGCCUCCACAUGACAAGGUUGUUUCAAGACUUGAGUUCAUUAAGCAAAAUGGCUUUACGUUUUAAUCCAGUAUUUAAAAUGGUAAUGGCAGUACUUAUUGUGUGUACGAUGAAUAAGUUUGCUUUUAUUAAUAAUUGUAACUCAAACUUCAACUUCUUAGUGAA